AUGAGCGGCGACGGUUCUUGUGCCACCCUACCCUGGUGGUACAACGACGUGGGCACCAAUAUGCUGAACCCAAGUCUUGAUAUGCAACACGUUCUGUGCGGAAAAAGAAAAAAGAAGAUUCCAGGCAACAAGCCUAUCCUUUUUAUCGCACUCUACCCCAGUGGCAUCGUGAACAAUGAGGAACAAAAGUAUCAUUGGGCUUUUUUAAUCGGACCCAAGAAAGAAAAGUCCGCUCAUGUUCCAGGCGUACGCUGUCACGUCAAGAACGUCCCGAGACCCACUCCUCAUGGGCGCGCCGUCGAGUGGACGUACGAAGAGUCGAAGUUACAUAAUGUUCGAACAUCCAACAGCCUGCUGAUCCGCGUGGUCAUUGGGAAAGUCGUCGACAUGGAACGCCUUCUCGACACGAUUCGAAAUGUCCCUCUGGUGCAGAAUGAUCGGAUGUGGAGAUGCUGCACCUGGUGCGCUGACGUCCUCGCGGCUCUCGAGAGGGAUGGCCAGGCCCUAGGAACGGCAGUGCUCGAUUGGAAGCGAAUUCAAAAGGUAGCAAGACAUUACGCAGGAGCGAAAACAGCUCAGGGUCGCUUUGCUGCUGGAAAUUCAAUGGACAAGCCGAAGCCGACCUGGGACAUGCUGAAGGACAAAGAAACGGUCGCUUAG